UUUGUCCAAGUUUGUCGUAAUGGUGGUUGCAGUUUAUCGUGUGGUUUGUGAGAAAUUUGCGUGCAAGAGAAUUCUCGUACGUUUCGUUCUUUAAUUUGAUUUUUCUGCAUGAACACCGCUGAGGAUUAGUGAUGACCUCGUACACGUAUUCAAGGAAGUCGUUUACGCCCAUACCACCGGAAAAGGGCAGUUUUCCACUCGAUCAUGAGGGUGUCUGCAAAUUGGAAAUGGUCAAAUACAUGAAGUGUCUAUAUCAGAAUAAAAACGAAAACACGAUAUGUAGAAACGAAGCAAAAAAUUAUCUCGCAUGCCGAAUGGAAAACCAAUUGAUGGCACAGGAAGAGUGGUCGAAUAUGGGUUACGCUGACCAGGUCAAGGAGACAUAACAGCAGCGAUUUAUUGCCAAUCGAUUCUCUUAUUGA